AGGUGACGCACCAAUCGUUUUACGAAACCUUGACCUUCAAGUGCUCACUAACCUCUGUCAGUGGAUAAUGCCAUUAGGUCGUUGCCGCAGUCAUUGAGGAAAUCUUCUGGAUAUGAGUUGCCGCUAUAUCCCUUCAUUAAUUCGGAAUGCGCCUCGCUUAAAGACCCGAGGGAUCGAAAUUUUGCGUGACCCACGGACAAAUAAGGGUUCUUCGUAUACUCUCCAUGAACGCCAACUUCUGGGGAUUCAUGGACUGUUGCCACCGAAUCCUCAAAAUCAAGAUGUUGAGGAACAACGAGUUAUAUCAAACCUUUAUCAGCUUGAUGAUAAUCUUAGCCGUUACAUGAUGCUAAUGUCCCUCCAAGAUCUUAACGAAAAGCUGUUUUAUCGGACUAUCAGAACACAUUUAGAGUAUUGCUUACCACUUAUUUACACACCUACUGUUGGCUUAGCAUGUUUGAAUUUCGGUUUUGUUUUCAGAAGGCCUCGAGGUAUUUAUAUCACAAUUCAAGAUAGAGGGCAUAUUUUUACUUUACUAAAAAAUUGGCCUGCUGAUACAAUUAAGACUGUAGUCAUGACUGAUGGCGAACGUAUAUUGGGUUUCGGAGAUAUGGGCGCUAAUGGAAUGGCUAUUCCUCUAAGCAAGGCUGUUCUGUAUACUGCCUUAGGAGGCUUACAACCUUAUCAUUGCCUGCCUGUGAUGUUGGAUGUUGGUACGAACAAUGAAAAGCUUCUGGAGGAUGAGUUUUAUGUUGGUCUUCGUCGGAAACGGGCCACCGGAGAAGAGUAUAUUUCUUUCAUGGAUGAAGUUGUGGAGUCAUUGUCUGCGCAUUAUGGACCAAAUGUUUGUCUGCAUUUUGCAGACUUCAAGAAUUCAAAUGCUUUUCAACUUUUAGAGAGAUAUCGUUCGAACUACAUAACAUUCAAUGAUGACAUACAAGGUUCUGCUGUGGUUAUUGUAUCAGGUCUAAUGACUGCAUCCAGAGUGACACAAAAGAAAAUAUCUCAGAACAGUUAUCUCUUUUAUGGUGGUGGGGGAGCUUCUAUCGGUAUAGCACGUUUGUUAGUACAAGCAAUUAUGGAGGAGGGUUUCUCUGAAGAUGAAGCUAAAUCACGUAUUUUUAUAAUGGAUUCUAAAGGUUUAAUUGUCACAAGUCAUGAACUUAGUGCAGCAAAAUCAGAAUUCGCUCGUUCUGAUUAUCCUAAAAUAGAUUCACUUUUGGAAGCUAUUCGAUUAAUUCGACCUUCUGUUUUAAUUGGUGCUUCUGGACAAAGUGGGGCAUUCACGCGUGAUAUUCUUCGUGAACUGUCAACAAUCCAUAAGACUCCUAUCAUAUUUGUCCUAAGCAAUCAAUCAAAUCUCGGCGAAUGCACUUCCCAGAUGGCUUAUAAGGCUACAGAAUGGAGAUGUAUAUUUGUCAGUGGUUCUUCUUCAGAACCUGUUCGAACACCAGAUGAUCGUUUAUUAAAACCGAGUCAAGGAAACAACUGCUAUGUUUUUCCAAGUUUGGUUAACGCAUUAUCAUUGGCUGUCAUUCGUCCGCUAACUUAUAAAUUGCUAUUGACUGCAGCAAAGAAACUAUCUGAAUUAGUUACAGACGAUGAUAUACGUCAAGGUAGUAUGUAUCCAUCAAUUGCUAGAUUGCCAACAAUUACAAAAGAAGUCUCUUGCGCUAUUAUGGAACAAGCAUACAAGGAUAAAAUUGCAUUUUUUACUCCGGAACCAUAUAAUAAGAUGGAAUUUAUUGAAUCUUACUAUUAUGAUCAUAGAUAUAUUAAUUUUACACCCGACCAAUAUGUUUGGUAGCCAUUUUGGCGCAUUUCUAUUCCCUGUUUCCUCUAUCUAUCUUUUUGAGUAGAACUCAAUUUUAUCUUCAAACUGGUAAGAAUGAUUUCAACAUAUGUAUUAAUAGUGUUUGGCUACUACUUAUCAUCUGUUCAUCUUAAAAUUUUGAUUUGAAUAUCGAUGUUCGUUGUAUUCAUACAUUUCUUCUGUAAAAUGAUUGUUCUGUUAAACGGUUUGUACCAACCGUGGAAAAUGUUUUUCAGUAAAUAACUAUACCUUUCAACUAUGGUACUUAAAAAAGUAAUAAAAAUUAUGUCGUCAACAUAUACCUUAGAUGUUCAAAAUGUAUUAAUAGCUUCCAC